AUGGUGCGAAAGACUACCACUGCCAUUGUCAUCCUCUCCUCCCUGAUCACGUAUGUUUCACUCAAUAGUUUGCUUCGGGCCGUGAAACCGUCAGCCUUCAUAUGGUACGAUGAAGACAGAGACGAAUCGCGCUGGAUCUCAACGUCGAGUUCGUGGUUUGACCGGAAAGCCUGCCGCUGGUUAGGGCUCUGCGGGUCCGCACACUUCCGUUUGGUCCGCCCCCGCUUCGGCUUGCGCAAACCCUCCCCGGGUUCCCCGACAUCUGGAGGGGAUGAAGAAUCCACUCCCUGGCGCUCCUUCUGGUCCAACGGGGAGGGUCAACCAUCGGAUGAAGCGGACCGAUCUCGCAGGGAGAUCCCUGACUAUGUCUUCCAAUAUGCACCUCUGGUCCACCUCUUCUCUGGCGAGCAAUUUUGGCCGUGCGAUAUUGCCGAGCAUCUCUACCAUAUCACCCCAAUGCUGAACUACACCCCUGUCAAGUCGCGAUGGGACCACCCUACGUUGCGGGAUCUUGACCAGCUAAACCAAUGGCAGAACGGGCGCCACGUCUUUCUGACCAGCAAUGAUAAUGUCGAAGUUAGUCCGCCGUGGAUGGAGGGGAAGACGAAUAUCCCUAGCCCUCCAGAGCAUGAUCUGGGUCCAUCGUGGGCAGACUGGGAUGGUCGCGUGGACGGCGAAAUCCCGGGAGAUUCCCCGGCAGAACGAGCCAAAUGGUAUGAUACGGACCUGUCCCCAGAGGAUGAGUCAACCCCGGAGGACCUGGGAUACUUCAAACCGAAGGAUCCUCUGGCAGAUGCAGGGAUCCGAGAUGAACUGCGAAGGCGAUUUGGUGGGCAGGCGGUCCCCGUGGGGGUGACUGGAGGUCGCAGCGAUGCGCCAGCCAUUCUACUCGUCGUGGAUAAAGGAAACGGUAUUGUCGACGCCUUCUGGUUUUAUUUUUACAGCUUCAAUCUGGGAAAUGCGGUGCUGAAUAUGCGCUUUGGAAACCAUAUCGGUGAUUGGGAACAUUGUCUCGUGCGCUUCCACAAUGGCGAACCUAAGGCGCUCUUUUUCAGUGCUCAUUCCGCGGGAGAAGCGUACAGCUAUGAAGCGGUCGAAAAGAUCGGGCAACGGCCGGUUAUCUAUUCAGCUGCAGGUACUCAUGCCAUGUAUGCCACUCGCGGGACCCAUUCUUAUGUCCUCCCAUGGGGUCUCCUCCAUGACCAGACGGACCGCGGCCCACUCUGGGAUCCCCUUCUGAAUUCCCAUACAUAUACAUAUGACUAUGAGAAUGAUACUCUGCGUGCGUCCACUGCCAGUCCCGAUGCCCCCAUGGAGUGGUUUUACUUCAACGGUCAUUGGGGUGACAAAUUUUACCAUCUAGGCGACCAUCGACAAUACCGCUUUGCGGGUCAGUAUCAUUAUGUCAAUGGGCCACUGGGGCCUCGCUUUAAGCAUCUUAAUCGCCGCAAGAUCUGCCAGGGCGCCGAUGAAGCUCCGUGUGUGAUUAAGAACUUCAUUGAGGGAAACAAACGGGCCAGGCGCUGGAAAAGCUCCGGACCCGGCGAAGGGAGCCAUGUCUGA